UCAAAUGAAACUGUCAGUUUCCUUCUAUGGAAUGAUUGGAUCUUAUUUAUACUAGUCUAAAGCUAAACAUUGUAUAAAAUAUUGCCAUGGACUCUUCAUCAAUAGUCAGUUUUAACAACGAUUCAACAUACCAGACAACAAUAAAAGCCGAUUAUAAUAAUGUUAGUGUUCAUGAGUUGGCGCUUCAUGCUAUGCGAGAUAGAUGCUUGCUGCUUCAACGUAGAAUAAAUACUCUCGAAACUGACAACAUGCGAUUAAAACUUGACACAACUAAAACCAACGAAAAGUCACCCUAUAAUCCUUUGCAAGAAGAUGAAAAACUAUCUCUACAGCAAAAAAUUGCAGAACUUAACAAGCAAAAGUCUCAACUACUUCAUCAUGUAUUUAUGGUUUCUUGUGAAAACAAAAACUUGUGGAAUAAAUUAUCCUCUUUAAAAGGAUCUGAUAGAGCAAUACAAGAACAUACAAAACAACCUCUAGUGCGUACAAACACCUAUAUACAUAGUACCCCAAAAUAUAAUUCUCAAUCACAAGAAAAAUAUUCCGAUUCAAGCUUAGAAGAAAUAUCUUUAAAAUUAAUAAACAGUUACAUUCAAGAAAAGUCACAAUUAGUAGAGCAAUAUGAACAGAUGGCUCAGCUUCAAGAUGAAGAUGAUAAUAUUUUGAAUGUGGACUCUAUAGGAUUUACUUACAUGGAAGAUCCUGUUACAGAUUCACUAAAGGAAAUUCAUAGCCAAACUGAAAAAUUACAAUCUCUAAAAAAGGAAUUAUCCCAACAAGAAAAAGAUUUAAAAAUUGUUAUUUCAAGAAUAGAAACUCUAAUGAAAGAAGGCCGCAAUUGCCCAACAUGUCUGGAAAAUAAAUCAAAAAUAACUUACGCACAUAAAGAAACAGACACCAGUGAUAGCCUCAUUUAUGAUGAAAAUCAAUUGAAUUCAAUUUCAUAUAACAAUGAUUUCGAAGAUAACAAUAUGUCAGUUAAUAAAAUAAGUUCAGCACAAGAAAUCCAUUCGGAACCAUAUGAUAAAAUGUGUCCUAUGUGUGGAGAAACAUUUCAAAAGGAAACAGUUUUUACAGAUUUUCAAUCACAUGUAGAGAGUCAUUUUAUUGGUAAUGAAAAUGAAGCUGAUUCUAUUGAUAACUUAGAUACUUUGCCUAAUUCUUUAGACAACAUUAUAUAAAAAUUCCAUAAAAUGUUUAAUUUAUAUUUUUUAUAAAAAAUUACACAUUAUUAUUAUAUUUAUAAACUAUUUUAGCAGAUGAAUUUGUAAUAAGCAUUAUUUUUAAUAACAGAUAUGUAUUGGCUUUUUCUUUAAAAAAUAAAACAUGUAUAAGCUUAUAUAUUCGAAAAUACCCAUAUGUUUGAAUGGAAUAAAAAUUAAAUAAAGACUACAUUUUAUCUGA